AUUCUCGAGUAAAAUUAAAACGUUAUCUCUAUCUCGAUUUUUCUCAAUCGGUUAGAUUCAAUUAAGUAGUUGAUUUCGUAGAAUUAUUUCGCAUUACAAAUAUUAUCUCGUCGAGUUAAAAAAGAUCGAAAUCUAUAUUGAAUUACAUCGAAUGAAGUAUCACCCGGUAUAAAAAGAGCACACACAUACUACGCAAUUCAAGUGAAACACCGUCAUUUUAUUUUUUGAAAACGAGACGAAUUAAUUGUGAAAACGAAAUGCAUCAAAAGAAAAAGAUAAAAAUCAAGAAUCGAACGAUUGAAUUGAUGAAGAAAUUUUAAUGCUAAUUUUAAUCUCAUUUAAGAUAAACGAACGAUAUAUAAAAUUAAAUUUAAAAAAAAAGAAAAAAAAAUUGGAAAAUUCAUUGAAUGAUUUAACAUCUAAUUUGACUAGUGUGGUACGUAAGAGAUUGUUCAAGCUGACGAGGGCGAUAGUCUCGGGAGUUUCGCGCCAAAAGUUAUUUCGUAGUUGCGUCGUAAUGGUCACGCGUAAAAUUUGAUUUGCGAUCAAAUUUUCUCUCCCUCUCUCUCUCUUUCUCUCUCUCGUUAAAGUACGAGGUAUAAUAAAGUAGAUCAAAAAAUAUCUUCGAUCGAGAAAAAGGAUCAAAUGGAGAAGAAAAUUUUCGAUAUAUUCGUUAAGAAAAAGAAAGAAAAGUAAUUGAAAAAUGUUAGAAAAGAUUUUUCAUCCCAAUGGACGAGGACGAAAAGAGAGAGAGAGAGAGAGAGAGAGAGAGAGAGAGAAAAGGAAGAAGAUACGUACGGGAAAUAUGUGUACAUAUGUACGAUAAUUGGUGUUUGUUUGCUGUGUCAACGAAACGACUGUGGUCGGAAAUGGUCGAGAAAUGCAAGGACGUUAUUGAAGAGAGAAGGUUAGAGAUAGAGAUAGGGAGAUAGAAAGAGAGAAAGAGAGAGAGAACAUAUUACUUCGUAAUAUGGCAUUGACGACGGAUUACGAAGGGAAUUCGUUGUUUCUCGAUAGGCCGGGCACACGUGACCAUUUACUCUCAGUUUCAUUGGUGAAUCUGUUCGAUUAUGUAUCAGAGAGAGAGAGAGAGAGAGAGAGAGAGAGAGAGAGAGAGAGAGAGUGCAUAAGAAGAAGAAGGGACUGUGUAAUGUACUUUCAACGGUCGAUAGAGAGAAAGAGAGAGAGAGAAAGAGAGAGAGAGAGAGAGAGAGAGAGAGAAAGGCAUCCUCAGAAAUUUCUACCUGUGUUUAGUUGGCCGGCGGGUCGUAAGCCGAUCUCUCUCAUAUAUCGUCAUUUCAUUUUCCUUUAUUUCAGUGAAACGCAUAUCCACGUUUAAAUAUUAUUCAAUAAUAAUAAUAAAAAAGAAAAAAGAAAAAUAACAAUAAUUAAUAAAAGAAAAGAAAAACUAUGGCAUUGGCAGAGGGUGAAACUAACGGCGAAAUCAACAAUACCAAUGGUGGUAGCAAUCUUCGACGUGGUAGCAGUUUACGAUUACCUCCUGCAGCAUCUGUCGGUAGUACAGAGAACGAGUUGGGCACGCAGUUACGUCGAGGGGGUUCCCUGAGGAUCCCACGGACAAGAACAGAGGAUAGAAGGACGUUGGUAGUUGAUAGUGCAAGUUCGUUGCGAGUACCAAGCGACAAAAGAUUAUCGUCUUCUACACCUUCGACUAAUUCAUCAUCAUCGUCCUCGGAAGUUAACGGAAGAAACGGAGGAUGCGAGAGACCGAUACGACCCGCCAGGCGUUCAGCUUCAACAUUGGACCAACCAGCACCCGAAUAUCUUGCCCGAAAUCUUCUUCAAUUAGGAUGUCCUGUUAUUUCUAUGCCUACGACAGUGGCGCCCCUCUAUUGGACCGCCAGCUACGACGACGAUAAUCGCAGACCUCGUGGCGGCGUUGGAUCGGAGCAUCCGCAGAGUAGCGACAGCGAUGAUUCCACCGCGACGCACAACCAAAAUCAGGGUCAAGGUUACGGGCAUGGACAUUCUCAUGGACAGUUCGACUCUUAUACCGUGCCCAAAGUCCAAGUGUCGGGACCACCGAACCCUUCUGAAUCCUCUUCCGUCGUCAAUGGGUCUGCGGGGUCCAUAGGAGCACGUUCGGCGCCAAGUACACCGCUUCAAACUACAACACCUGGGGUACCGCAAACGGGCCAACAAUCAAUCAGUCCUUCUCAGCUUACCGUUGUCACUAAUAUCCAAGUUUCCCAACCACCAAGGAGUCCGAGUCAUGCGGCACUGAGAUGUAAUGACAGUCAGCUAUCAAAGCCAUUGAGCAGGAGUACUCCAUCGAUGGCAGCCGGUGGUAUUGUUCAAACACCGGCGAAGAUCAGUAGAUCUUCAUCAAGAUCCUCGCCAUCGUCCACUAGUAGUGCAAGACAAAAGAAAUUUCAUCGGCAUUUUACUCAGGUAGCCGCGGAUGAACGUGUAUUAAAUUACUACAGUUGUGCGCUGGUGGGCGAUAUCCUACUUCAAGGUCACCUUUACAUAACACCGAAUUAUUUCGCCUUCUAUAGCAACGUUUUCGGUUACGUUACAAAGUUGUUAAUACCAACGGCCUCGGUGUUGAAGAUCAGUAAAGAGAAGACGGCUAAGAUCAUUCCAAAUGCUGUCGCAGUAGCGACCGAGGAUGAAAGACACGUUUUCUGUUCUUUACUAUCGAGAGAUUCGACCUUUAAACUGAUGAAACAGGUUUGGGACGAAGCAAUAAUACCAAGAGCUUCACCGGACGUAUUACCACUUCCCGAUGAGGCAAAAUUAUUACCACCGGAUACGUUGCUGGUCGACGAUUCGGAAGUUAAUCCUGAGGAAGAUGAUUCGAGUAUGUCAGAAAGCGGCACCGAUCAAACCGCUUCGAGACCACCAACUGUUUGUACCGAUACCGAUGGUUUAUCACCUACUAUUUCUAGACCAAGUCAUACUCCUGUUCCUAAUACCAGAAUGGAUUCAGUGACACCAUCGAUACCGAUCUCACCUAACAAAUCUCGUUCCUUUGGUACAUUUUUUGUUGGUGGAUUGAAGCCUGGUACAGUAAUUGCUAUAUUGGUUGUGGUCCUAGCAGCUUUGUAUGUUUCGGCAGCGAUGAUGAUGUUCCGUAUCGAUAGAUUGCAUACGGCAUAUCUAAAUCAUCCUCUUGUCUCGCCGGAACAUUUUACGCAUGAUCGACUCUUGCAUUAUCUCAAUUCGAAUCUCGAUCAGAUUGCUAAGGUCCGCCAAAGUUUGCAAACGUUGUCGCAACAAUUUGUAGCAAUGAGUCAAGCUAGUGAAAGAGGAUCGGCAGCUGUAUCCGGAGGACCGGUAGAACCAGAAGAUGCGCCAAGUUAGCCCCCGGGGUGGAUAAAUAAUAAUAAUAACAAUAUCAUUAAACCAAAUAAUUAUACGAAUACCCGUCGCCUUGCUAGCGUAUGAAACGUGUCGUCUCGUAGUCUUCUUCAUGCGAGACGAUUAUGGCGAUCACCGAAUGGAUGAUCAUUGAUGAUAAAAUAUUAUCGUUUAGCACCAUUAUGAUUAGAACUUCCAGCUACCAAAAAAAAAAAAAUAAAAAAAAAAAAAAAAUAAAAAAAAGAAACAACAACAACAAAACAAGAAAAAAGAAGAACGGGAGCGUGGGCGGGGGGUGGGUAAUGACAUUCGUAGGCAGUUCAGCCAUGAAAAAAAGACGAGUGAAUUUUUCGAUUUUAUGGUGACUAUAUCCUUUCUUUAUAUACAUACAUAUAUAUAUAUAUAUGUGUAUAUGUAUAUGUAUAUGUAUAUAUAUAUAUAUAUAUAUAUAUAUAUGUGUAUAUGUUCUACCCCACAACCCUCACACCACAUCCAUCACCGUCAUCACGAUAGUCCACUUCGCCUUUUUUUCUUUUCUUUACAUUCUGGCGUUUUGUAUCGUUCGUUGUUACUCGUAAGUGGUUUUAUUAAAUGACUUAGAAAAAUUGUUAUGUAUAGAGGGAGAAAGAGAGAGAAAGAGAGAGAGAAAGAGAUUUUUUAAUGAAAAUAAAAACGACAAAAUGACAAGUCGAAAGAUGAAAAAAAAAAAAAAAAAAAAAAAAAACUGACAAAGGAUAUGAAAGUAAAAAUGGUGGUGCUUUUUAACGACGAACGAAAAAAAUGGUUUUUGUUUAUUUAAACUAGUCACGCGUAACUAAGGCUCCCUGGUGCGAAAUAAAAUACAUAUGAA